UUUUGACAAAGGGAGUCUUAAAAGACGCUUCGGUUUGUUGUUUUCAAUUGCAGUUCUGCGUGUCAUUUUGUUUCCUUUUCCAUUGGGAAAUUGCACCAGCAUAGGAUUUUAUUUACCGUUUAAACAAGGAUUUCUUUCGGAAGCAGGAUUGAAAUGGCGUUGCCUCAGAAUUAUCGCCAAAACGCCAUGGCAUCACCAGCUCCUAUUCCAAGUACCGGUUCAUCUCAUGCCAUGAAUCACAACCAUGGAAUGCCUGUAUCAUUUAACAUUCUCAAAGAACGUUUAAGGGCAUCUGGCUCGCAAGGAAUGUCUAAAGAUGCAAGCAACCAGAAUCCCUUUGUUAUGAAUCCUCAUGGACAUCCCCAAUUCAACCCACAGAAACUUGGAACCAAGUUCGCAGUGGCUGGAAACAAUAGCUUGAAGCCACCAAAAGCUCCUGAGAAACCAUUAAUGCCCUAUAUGAGGUACUCUCGAAAAGUUUGGGAUGAAGUGAAGGGAGCAAAUCAAGAAUUGAAACUGUGGGAGAUUGGAAAAAUCAUCGGUCAAAUGUGGCGCGAUCUUCCCGAUGGCGAUAAACAGGAGUUUGUGGAAGAGUACGAAACGGAGAAGAUUGAAUACGAGCGCACACUAAAAGCCUACCACAACUCCCCAGCUUAUCAGGCAUACAUCACUGCCAAGAACAAGGCUCAGCAGGGUGCCGAUGAGAAAGAAUCGGCUAGCGAACGAGGCAUGUCAGCUAAGGCAGGCUUCAAUGACAGACGUAUUGAAAUCCAGCCGGCAGAGGAUGAAGAGGAUAUUGACGACGGCAUGUCCGUUAAGCAUGUGUCUCAUGCUCGUUAUGUUCGUAAUCAUAGAUUAGUUCACGAAAUCUUCUCGGAUGUCGUGGUGCCAGAUGUUCGUUCAGUCGUCACGACAGCUCGCAUGCAGGUAUUGAAAAGACAGGUGCAUUCGUUGACGAUGCAUCAAAAAAAGCUAGAGACGGAAUUGCAGCAAAUCGAAGAGAAAUUUGAUUCGAAGAAACGCAAAUUUGUGGAAUCGAGUUCCGCCUUUCAAGACGAUCUGAUUCGCACCUGUCGCAAACCGAUUGACGAAGAGACCUUCCAACAAAUGGUUGAGCAACAAACAGAAAUCAUCAAGAAGGAACGUGAAAGGGAGAAAGAGCGUCAGAAUGAACUUAUGCGUGAACGUGAAGCUGCUGCUGCCGUGGCUGCGUUGCAAGCUGAAAAGGAGGCAGCCAUCGCUGCAGCUGCUGCAGCUGCAAUUGCAGCCUCUGCUCCUGCACAAGCCAUGGAAACGGAAGACGUCGCCACGCCUGAAGUUAAAGAAGAAUGCGCAACGGCAGCUCCUCCAUCAUCUAAGACUUUUACUGAGUCAUCUGAAGCCAAGACGGUAGAAGCUGCUGCCUCUCUACCAGUGGUCGAAGAAACACCGUCUGCGCCAGUUCCCAUGGAAACAGAAGAAAUGACUCCCACGACUGAGACUGUUAAAGUCGAUGAAAUUCCAAGACAAGAACCUUCACAUGCUGCUUUUGUUCCACCGCAAGCCUCUAUUGUUGAAACUCCAGCUGUUCCAGUUGUCGAAACUGCUUCCGUGGUUGAGCCUGUCCCAAUGGCAGAAACGGCGUCGAAUGAGGAAAAACCGGCGGUAGUAGAAGGUACGCCACACAUGGAAAUGGCUCCAGUAGCUGUAGGUGUUGCCGAAUCCGAUUCAGUUGCUGAUGCCGCUUUGCCACUGAGAUCAAAUGUCAUUAUUCAUCCUUCGGUCGAACCGCCAUCAUGUCCUCCAGUACUUCAAGGUGCUCAACCUGAAACUUCGUUGGUCUCUUCAGUAAUUAAAGCUGCUCCUGAACCGACUGCGGCUGUAACAGCUCCUGAAUCUGCCUCACAUUCUUAUCAAACCCAUCAACCGCCGAUUCAACAGCCUGUUGAAGAUGUCCCUGUUUCUUCUGUACAACCUAUUGCUCCUGCAAUUCCUGCAGAAACGCCAACGCCUCCGACUGAAGUGGCGACCAACGAAUCGAUCACAGCCAAUCAACCUGUUAGUGCCCCUAGCGAACCAGUGCUAAAAGAGCAGCCCGUCGAACCUGUGACAGACAAGGUGACUACCGAGGUGCAUCAAGCCAAUAUUUCAGAACCUACCCCUAUUUCGAACGAAAUGGCUGCAACAGCAAACAUCGCACAAGAGGAACAGACAGGACAGCAACCAUCUGAUGUUACUCAGACUACCGAGUCUCACGCACAGCCGACCACCGAGGCAUGAUUUCAAUAUAAGCCACAGUUUGUAUACGCUUAAUUUACCUUAAAAUGUUUCCUUUACGCGAUCAUAACACGUGUAGGAAUUCUUUGUCAUGUGAAGUCGAGAUAACAGGAAAAGGAUUGCUAUCCGAAAAUAAGAA